UGUUAUUGGUAUAGCCUACAGUGACUUUUAAUGGGAAUGGUGUAAUCCAGAAUGAACUUGACGGCGUUGGCAUUUAAAAGCGCACUCCUCGACAGGCGCGCGUCGGCGCGUCAUUUUCAUUUUGCAAACAGCCUCGAAAAGAGGAGUAGUGCAACCCGUAGAGCUAUACCAACCGUUCAUGAGCAGACUCCAUACCCCAAACGUUUCAGCUGUCAAGAUUAUCAAGCAAGAAAAAGCUGGAUCGGUUGAGCCGACUGUAUUUUGUAAACUCAGAUUCAUGUUUCUGCGCUCGGGUAGGUUCUCACAUCAAAUCGUAGAGGAUACAACCAGUGUCAAUGGACUCUGAAGUAGAACUGGUCGAUGCACAUAAUCUAAAACAGUCUCCUGCGUCCAUGACCACAUGAUGGAGAAACAGACCGUGGUCACCGUGGUCAGUUUGUCCAUGAGCGUCGCAUCACUGUCGCUUCUGAUUACUGCUAUUCUAACCGAUCACUGGUAUGAGACGGACACCACACAACACCGGCAGAACUGCGAUCAGUACGGGCUGGACUCCAACGGCCAGAAGAACCGAUUAAUGCCCAUUUAUCAUCUUCCGUUAUUGGAAAGCGGCAACCCUCGAGGGAAUCAGGCGCUCCUCAGAGCUAUCCACGUAGGUAGCAGAGAGGAGGAACUUUUGGAAAACUGGAGGUCAAUUUUGGGAAUGGGUAUUUUGGAGACUGAAUGCGGGCGCCCCCUUUUCUCCACUUACUCUGGGCUUUGGAGGAAAUGUUACCAUGUUGGCCAGGACCGAGACAUCGAUAAUCUCAUCGCCAAGGGUAUAGCCCAGCGCUGCACCACCAUCAAGUAUCAUUUCUCCCAGCCGGUACGUCUGCGCAGCAUCCCUCAGAACCUCACCAGGAUCAUCCAGCAGGAUGAGUGGCACCUCUUACACCUGCGGAGGAUCACCGCAGGGUUCCUGGGGAUGGCCGCGGGGGUCAUGCUGUGCGGCUGCAUCGUGGCGUCUGUCAGCUUCAUCUGGGAGCGCAGCCUCACUCAGCAUGUCUCGGGCCUGCUCUUCCUCAUGGCUGGUAUAUUCUGCACCAUCUCCCUGUGCACCUAUGCGGCCGGUGUGUCGUACGAGCUGUCCAGGGUCCCUCCCUUCAUCUACGGGCUGCCUGGGGAUGUGGAACAUGGCUACAGUUGGUCCAGUUACUGUGCCUGGCUCAGUCUGGGGCUCGCUGUGGCAGCAGGCUGCCUGGCCACCACCUACCCCAUCCUCACCCGCAGCGAGGGGCGGAGGGGCAAGGCUGACCCAGACACCCCUGCCUGACACCCACAGACCCCAGGAGGAGCAUCCAGCCCCACAGGCUGGUGGAAGAUGGAGCCAAGAUGGCCGUUUUCUGCUGAACUACAGGCGGUGGGACGAGGCCUUGCUGGUCGAGCAUGUGUGAGAGUGAUACUGUUCACGUGUGUUCUACGUGGCUGUGGUCAGUGUUAGAGGGCAUGACAACCUCUCCUGACCAACAGCAGUAUCUUCGACCGCUACAUAUAGCCUAGAACUCAUGGAUACUAAUUAUUCUCCUUUGGACUUGUUCCCCGGAGCCUGGUAAAUAUGUUUGCCUGCCCCAUCAGUGGACAGCCGAUCUAAUUUCAAUGGACCAUAUUGUGAGUGUAGGUGUAUUGUAGUGUUGUUAUGUUGUCUGUAUGCCACUUGACACGUGGCUGACUGUUCAGGUAAUAUCAAGUGGAUACUUGAGGAGGAAAAAAAGACAGCUAUAAUAAUAUUUCAGCUAUUUAUGUUCUUAAGAUGUUUGUAACAUUGGUGUAAAAAAAGGACAAAACCUUCCUGUACAUAACAUGACUUUAUUGUAUUUAGCGUCGAAUUGUAACAGUACAUUAUUAUUGCAGUGUCUUUUAUUAAA